AUGAGCGCUGUGGACAAGUGGUGGAAAGAAGCCGCGGUGUACCAGAUUUACCCCGCCAGCUUCUACGACUCGAAUGGGGACGGGUGGGGCGACCUGCCGGGGAUCACGGCCAAGCUGCCCUACCUGAGGCAGCUCGGCGUGGACGCGUUGUGGAUCUGCCCGUUCUACGACUCGCCGCAGCAGGACAUGGGAUACGACAUCUCGGACUACGAGAAGGUGUGGCCGCGGUACGGGACCAACGAGGACUGCUACCAGCUGAUCCGCGAGGCGCACGCGGCGGGGAUCCGGGUGGUGGUGGACCUCGUGAUCAACCACUGCUCGAGCGAGCACGCGUGGUUUCGCGAGUCGCGCUCGUCCAAGACGAGCGCUAAGCGCGACUGGUUCAUAUGGCGCCCCGCCAAGGGCUUUACGGCGGACGGCAAGCCCAUCCCGCCCAACAACUGGCAGUCGUUCUUCGGCGGGUCCGCGUGGGAGUGGGACGAACGCACGCAGGAGUUCUACCUGCGGCUCUUCGCGUCGGGCCAGCCGGACUUCAACUGGGAGCUGAGCGAGGUGCGCAAGGCCAUCUACGAGUCCGCAGCGGGCUUCUGGCUGGACCACGGCGUCGACGGCUUCCGUAUCGACACCGCGGGCCUGUACUCGAAGAUCGGGGGCUUGCCCGACGCCGAGGUCCGCGACGCGACAAACGAACACCAGCACCCGGGCCACAACACUCAGAACGGCCCCCGCAUCCACGAGUUCCACAAGGAAAUGCGCGCCUUCUUCGACAAGCGCACCGCGGGCCGCGCGAACGAGAUUUUCACCGUCGGCGAGGUCGGGAGAUGCGACCUCGCGGGCCUGCUCCAGUACACCAGCGAGCAGGAGCGCGAGAUGAGCCAGCUCUUCAACUUCGCCCAUACCGAGUGCGGCGUGGGCACGCAUCUGCGCUACCACGCCCAGCCCUUCACCCUUAAGGAGUGGAAGCUUGGCAUCGCAGCCAGCUUCUUGUUUGCCAAUCGCACCGACAGCUGGUCAACCGUGUACCUCGAGAACCACGACCAGCCCCGCAGUGUCACGCGCUUUGGCGAUGACUCCCCCGCAUGGCGCCAGGUCUCCGCAAAGCUGCUGGCAAUCCUAGAGGUCGCCCUCACAGGCACCCUAUACGUCUACCAGGGUCAGGAGCUCGGUCAGAUCAACAACCACGGCUGGACCCUUGACCAGUACCAGGACGUCGACAUGAUCACGAACCGAGACAUCAUUGCGAAGCGUUACGGCAAGAACUCCGUGGAAAUGGCCAAGUUCGCGCAGGGCGUCGCGCUUCUUUCGCGCGACCACAGCCGCACACCCUUCCCAUGGACCUCCCGCGAGCCGGACGCGAGUUUCAGCGCUGUGUGCCAAAGCGGCGUCAAGCCCUGGAUAUCCAUGAACGACUCUUUCCGCGACGGUAUCAACGCCGAGGACGAGCUGAAAGAUCCCAACUCUGUGUUCCAUUUUUGGCGUGCAGCGCUCCGGCUCCGCAAGCAGCACAAGGACAUUCUCGUCUACGGCCAGGGCUUUGAGUUCUUCGACCUCGACAACCCAGACUUGUUUAUGUUCACAAAAAAGUCUCGCGACGGAGCCAAAACACUCUUCGCUGCCCUCAACUUCUCGAGCGAGGACCGUGAGUUCCCUCUCCCUGAUGAAGACGCGGCCUACAAAGCCUUUUUCGGCAAUUAUGAUCUCGAAAGCGCACAGGAACGCACGCUGAGACCCUGGGAGGGCAGACUUUUUUACGUUGAGUAA